AAACGCCUUACGGUUCGCAGCUGUUUGGCUUGUUGCUGAAGUCUGGAUGUCAGAGAUUUGUGACUUUGUCACAAAUUUUUUCGAAUAAGUACUUAAACAAAGUAUUUAUUUCAUGUUUAAAACUUAUUAAAUGCAAUUUAUUUUUGCCGUAACAAGCUAUAAGUUACAUCGUACGGUCCAUGUUCGUGACAGACCGCAAUGAGCAAUAUCUACAUCCAAGAACCGCCAACGAGCGGAAAGGUGGUUAUGAGAACUACAUUGGGAGACAUCGAGAUCGAGCUAUGGUCCAAAGAAGCUCCUCUGGCCUGCAGAAACUUUGUUCAGCUGUGCCUCGAAGGAUACUACGACCGGACAAUUUUCCACCGUUUAGUGCCGUCGUUCGUCGUGCAGGGCGGUGAUCCCACGGGAACGGGUUUCGGUGGCGAAUCUAUUUAUCCGGAGCCGUUCAGAGAUGAACUGCACAGUCGUCUGCGUUUUGUACGCCGCGGUCUGCUGGCCAUGGCGAACAGCGGUGAAAAGAAUUCCAAUGGAAGUCAAUUUUUCUUCACGCUAGCUGCCACACCGGAUCUCGAGAAUAAGCACACGAUAUUCGGGAAGGUUGUGGGGGAUACGAUUUAUAAUCUCCUCAAGUUCAACGAUGGCGAAGUCGAUGCCAAUGAGCGACCGGUGUAUCCGCAUAAAAUUAUUCAAACAGAGGUUCUUACUAAUCCAUUCCCAGAUAUUCAGCCCAGGACUUUGAAGCCAAAGCAGGAUGAAAAACAAAUUCCAGUGGCUGCUGCAUCUGGAGCUCGAGCAACGAAAAAUUUUGGGUUGCUUUCGUUUGGAGAUGAAGCAGAAGAAGAGGAAGAAGAAAACACAGCAGUAGCAACCGUGUUCAGUUCGAAGCCUAAAAGUAGCCAUGAUCUCGCGAACGAUCCUCGAUUAAGUUCUCAAAGUGUUCUAGAUGAAGAAGCAGACCCGAAGGGCGGAUAUCAACGCGAAUCACGAGAUAUUGCUGCGGAUUCUGUUCAGAAAAGGAAUGUUGAUUUCAGUUCGACUUCUGUGAUGGAUCAGGCUCCGAUAGAAGUAGGCCAGGUCACUAAAGUUCCCACUUUAGAAGAAGCCAAGCGCCGUGCAGCAGAACUUAUGGAUGAAUUAACCAAACCAAAACCACAAAGCAGAAUGCCAGAAGUGGGUGAAAAACAUUCGGCAAACGGAGACACUGAUGCAACGGUAGCCGAGUAUAAAAAUCAGUUGAAUCAGUACGAGUCGAUAAGGAGAAAGAAAGGCGAGAACAGAGAAGAAGAUAUCCUUAAGAGACUACAAAAUUUUAAAACUAUUCUUAAAACAUCCAUGGCUGAUGAAAGUGAUCUGGCACCACCUCCGGCUGACAUCGAUCUGGAUACAGAAACCGGAACUAGUUGGAUGAAAAAUAAAUUAUCUUUCGAAGAAGAACGCUUGGUAUUAGCAAAGGAUGCAAGUUUGAAAGCCGAUGACUGGUAUGACUUAUAUGAUCCUCGCAAUCCUAUCAAUCGACGGAAACGCGAAGGAAAAAACGAAGAAUCUACUAAGCGAAAGAAAGAUUCCGUUGUUGAUUAGUUAUUGAUAUAUCACGCACAGUUUGACUUCUUUUAUUGGGUUUUAAACUGUUAUCAUGAAACUAUUCCAUUUAGCACGAAACUUUUCAUGCUUUAUGGGAAUGUGAGUAUGUACUGUACUAUGUACUGCUUACUACUACGUAGUGCAUUUGAGAAAGUUGUAUGACCGAUAUCCCCGCACUGGCUUUCAUCAUUAUUGUACGUAUUACAUACUGUUCUUGCAGAGUUUGUACAUGAUACAAAGGGCAUAAACACCGUUUUCAUGUUUAAUAA